AAUGGGUUAGGCUGGUAGCAUAUGCUUGUUAAUAGGGCAGCAGAAAAUCUAAACGCAUCCCAUAGUACCGGGAAUCGAAUGGGAUAAGCCUGGGAGCGGGUCCACAUCUCCACGGAGGCGCCAGCUCCUCCUAGGGGAGGGGGAGGGGGGGUUGGACUAUAGGCGCCAUGAGACAAAAGUCUGAUACAGGGUAACAGUGUGUGAAUGUAUGUGGAGGUGAGUGACGAGAUUUGUUGCGGGUGGUGGGGAAGGUUGUUGGUUCAAUUCCCCCAAGUUCAGUCGCCUCCACAUACAUUUUUUAAAAAAGGGCAAAAAAUAAAACGAAAAUGGAUCGUGAGCGACUCAAAAAGCAUCUGCUUAUUCUGCUGACUCGUGAAGAGCGCCAAUUAGUUAAUAUUCUGAGUGGGGGAAUUAAGCCAACUAAGUGUUUUAUGCAAUGUAAGGGGCAAAUGCAUACUCAGCAAAAAGUGCCUUACACGCCACCUGCAUGGAAGAAGUGAGCGUUGACGAGUCUUGGGCGUCAGUGUGUCGUGAGCAGCGUGACCGAACGUACGUGACAAUGGCUGUAGUGUAUGGUGAGAGUUUAGGAGAGAGCAUGGAUUUGGCCCAACUCAUGUGGGGCGUGGAGAACUCCAAAACGGUACCAUCUUAUGAAGAGAUAGUAUCGUCAAUUGGAAUCACCCCGAGUGAACAGGUGCAAAACGUCCCUAGUGCAGAAAGUGCACCUGUUGAGGUUAGACGUGGUCGUCCAAAAAAGGUUAAAAACGUCGAGCCCCCGAAACAGACAAAGAAAACUGGCAGAAGACCGAAAGACCCUCGCGUUAAAGUGACAAAAUGUAAGAAGGUACCCCCCGCUAUUGUCAAAGUGUGCAAAAGAGCAGUUAAAAAUGAGAAAACUAGCAUCGGAGCACUGUAUAGGAGUCUUGGUGACAUAUGUCAUAAAAUGUCUGAACUAUGUAAAAUUUUGUCAAAGUGAAUAAAUAAUGCAUAAAACUUCAAAAGAAUUUACGAUUGAAUUCAAAUCCCUGUAACCCUGAUGUGUGGUGAAAAUGAAUAUUGAGGGAAGGGGGGGAGGUACAGUAAUAACAAAAAAUAGUUUAUACCCAAAAACAAAAACCCAGUUUAUUAAAAUAAAAAUACAGUGUGGCAAAAAAUACACUCACUACAGAAUAAGGUGCGCGAAGCGCAGUUCCACAUUAAGUGCCUUCUUGUCCUUGCCCAGACAACAUAUGGAGGGGGGGAAACCGCGCUUCGCACAGUCAUUCACUG